GGUCUACGAAGGUCAGUACUAUAUAUGAAGUUCUAUGCCUACCUACACCGGCGGCGGGGCUGUUAAGGUGGGCUAUUCUUCUUCCAGACCGUCGCCGGCCGAAUCCAGCACUGCUCGCUUCCCCCCAUUUCCCCCUCACCCGACCGAUCGCGGCGACCUUCGCUGUGUCGCAAUCUCGCUUCUCCACCUUUUUUCCCUUCUCCCUCCUCCUCUUCUGCUAUCCCCAGGCUCAAGAUCUGGGUUUAGUAGUGGAAUACCACUCUACGCAUCGUUCCCUCUACCAUAUCUCUGACAAUGCCUCCCGUACCUUCGUCGUCCGACCGGUGUCGGGUUAUCUUGUACCAUCAGACUCUCUGUCCCAAUGGAGGCCAGUAUGUCUCGAUGAUGCCACUAGUCCAGAACAAUACAGGCGUUACGCACAUCAUCCUCGCAGCCUUUCACCUGAACGCAGACCCGGAACACAUUACACUGAACAACGAUCCCCCACAACACAGCAUGUACGACGCCCUAUGGGCCGAGGUACCCCGCAUGAAACAACAGGGGGUACGCAUCAUGGGAAUGAUCGGGGGCGCUGCGCAGGGCUCGUUCCGCUCCCUGGAUGGAGAUGCAGAGAAAUUCGAACUGUACUACCGACCCCUGCUGGCCAUGAUCCGGCGCCAUGGAUUGGACGGGCUAGAUCUCGACGUGGAAGAGGAAAUGUCGUUGGCAGGGAUCAUCCGACUUAUUGACCGACUCAAGCUGGAUCUGGGAGACGAGUUUAUUGUGACGCUGGCUCCAGUUGCGGCGGCCAUGCUGGGCCUAGGAAACCUGUCGGGUUUCGACUACCGGGAGCUGGAACAACAGAGAGCCGCAAAGAUCGGUUGGUACAACACGCAAUUCUACAACGGUUGGGGACCCGCAGAUGAUCCCCGGAUGUAUGCUGCCAUCGUCGCACAGGGCUGGUCCCCAGGCCGGGUGGUGUUUGGGAUGUUGACCAAUCCGGGCAAUGGGUCGCAGGGCUAUGUGCCCCCCGAGAAAAUCGGACCUAUCCUGGCCAUGCUGAUUGAACAAUAUCCUGAUUUUGGGGGCGUCAUGGGCUGGGAGUAUUUCAACUCGAAACCCGGGGAACAGGAGCAUCCAUGGUACUGGGCAGCGGAGAUGUCCCUGAGCAUGCACAUGAAAGAUCUCGUGGAUGCAGCGCGCCAGCUCACUUCAGGGCCGAUGACCAGCAGCUGGAUGAACGUGCUUCGCGACAUGAUGCAGCGGCGAUAGACGGGGAGAAAUGUAGAGUAAAAUAUAACUAUAAGGAUGUGUAUCCAUCGCUCCGCUGGAAGUCUAUAGCUGCACGUAUAAUGUUUUGUUUUGCUGGCUGAUGGAAUUAAGAACGAUGCAUGGUGCCUCUGUGUCCGAGCGUCAGUUCAGAAAAAAGAGGUGUUUCGGCAUGUCGUCAUCGUCGACUUCUCCGCCGCCGCCGGCUUCUCCUCCUUCUUACCGAUAAACUUAUUGCAGUACCUGCCACUCAACGCCCUUUCAAUAUUCAUUAUUCUUCGAGCUGCGAAUUGAACAGCAGCAAGCUUCACCUCCCGGGAAAGCCUACUGACCUGGCAAUGAUCACUACCUGUUGAAUAUCAUCGAAACCAUCCCCAGCACCAUGGUGUCUGUCGCGCGGAUUGCCGCUGCCUUGAGCUCCGCAACGGUCCGGGCUGUGGCCUUCUUCUUCCUCCGCUGGGUAUGUUGAUGCAAUCGC